GCCGCUCCUCCUCCGCAGGGCGGUGAGUGGGUGACCUCACCGCCACCACACAGAUCUGGCCCCGGCUCCUGCGCGAUUCAAAAUUUUCGAUCCCUCCGCCACCGUCUCCACACCGCGGCACUAGCCGUUCCUCUCCCACCUCCAUGCCCAAACCCUAGGCUAGGCGACCACGCAGCGACCUCCGCGAGAGCCGAGCCGGUCAGCCAUGGAGCACCUGUUCAUGCAGGCCUUCGAGCGCGGGGACUGGCUGGCCGCUCAGGUGCAGCAGCAGGUCGACUCCUACUCCCAGUCCCUCGCCUGCCGCCUCCUCGCCGCCGGCCACAGGCCCCCAGAAUGGCUCCUUCCUUCCGCCACCCUGUCCCAAGAGCUGAAUGGCAAACCAAUUGUUCUCACUGGAAGACAUAUUACAACACCAGCAGUCAAUAGGACUGUCUUCCUGCCUCAAGCUGUUCCUAGCACUUUGUCCGGAAAUUCGGAGGUUCCAAAUGAAUGUGCCUACCCAGACACCAAUUGUACUGUUCUGGAUACUAGCCAACUUGAAGAGGAGCAGCAAGAUCAUGCUUCACUUAACCAGAACAUUUCUGAGACUUGUACUGCAGCCAAAAUGUUUUCAAGGAUUCAGCGUUCCAGGUCAAGGCAAAGGCAUAUUGAAGAUCGCCUACAUGGAAAAGAUCAGGCUGCAAAGAGUGGAAGCCUUGAUGAUAUGUAUAAGUCUAACCUUGGGACUUUGGGGUCAAACACAGUUAAUGGAUCAUCAUCAUCCAUAUCAUGUGAUGAUGUUGCAAACAAUGCUGAAACAACUUCAUCAGCUCCAGGCCAGGGUAGUGGUUUUUGUGCCAUUCAGGGGAGGUCAAUUGACUCGAAGUGCAAUGACAAUCUUGAAAAUGAAGAAGUUCAGUCAGAUGGUUUCCCGCCACAGAUAGUAGAGAGAAACAUUAUCUGUUCUAAUAGUGACAUUGGGGUCAGUAACAAACCUUCUGUUAGAGAUUCAUUGAGUGUGCCACUUCCAGAUCUCUCUAAGCCAAGUGUUACAGAUAGUGUGCGCCACCGAGUUCCUGAAACUCACAUGUUGGUUGAGCCAAAAAAACUUCAAUUUGAUGGCGUUGAAUCAGUUUGUAUGAAUGAUACCACUGAACAGACAGGCCAGCAACAGCAAUCUGGUGUUAAAACUGACCAUCUUGAUAUUGCUGGUAGAAUUCCUUCAAGUGAAAACCCAUCUUUUACCAGUUCUCAGGGACCUCAUUCUAUGGGCAGGUGGGGACAUUUGAACCCUGACGUUGCACCAGUGGAGCAUCAUUACAAAUAUGCUUUAGAAUGUGGCCAUCCGGAGCCCAAUGGUAUGCAUUCUCCAAAUAAGAAACCAUCUCUGACGUGCCCUGCUGAGGCACUGAAUUUUAUCGGUGAACCAUUGCUUCAAAAGGAUUCUGGACAUGUUCCUGAAGCCAAUUCAUUGGGAAGAGCAUGUCCCACGGUCAGCAGACCACUUGAAAUGGAUACAUCAAAUAGUGAUGAAACCAAUUGUUCUCAAAGGCCUUGCUCUGUGGUCAACCCGCUGCUCACAGAUGAUACAUUGAAGGCUAUUGAGGAUACUGAAAAAGUGCCGAGUUCCAAUUCUCAAUUCUCACAUCCAUACAGUGGACCUUUGCAGCAAUCUACCAAGAUAGCUGACUCAAGGUUUGGGGCUCAUGCAUCAGCAGGAACAUCACCAAACAGUUUGUUAGAGGAGGAUGGGCAUGGACAGCUUUCAAAUUUGCCAAUAAAUGACACAAAUAGCCGAUGCCGAUCUCCCCAAGGCAGGUCUGCUUUAAGUCUAGAACUUCUCCCACCUCAAAAUUUUAGUUCCAAUGAUGUUUGUCGAUCAAGCCUCUCAUCUUAUAGAAUGCAAAGUAAUGAAAAAUAUUCCGAUGGUUGCGCUGCUGUGAAUAACUUUGGAUCUGCAGAUAAUGAGUUAUCUCAGGAACCAUAUUUAUCGGUCGGACCAUCUUUGGAAUUGAAUGGGAGUAUUCCAGAUGCCGAAACUCCAUUAGGUCAUCCUCCUCUGGACAUGGAAAAUGAGAUGCUCAAAGCAAACCCAGUAUCUGAUUCAGUCAACUGUUAUUCAGGAAAGUUGGUUGAUGAUGCUCAGACCAGCAAAUCGAAUGGUGGUUCUGCUGAUAACAGAAAAAACGAGUCUGUGGUUCUGAAAGUUAUGCCCAGUAAUUCAGGAAAGUUGGGUGAUGAUGCUCAGACCAGCAAAUCGUAUGGUGGUUCUGCUGAUAACAGAAAAAACGAGUCUGUGGUUCUGAAAGUUAUGCCCAGUAAUUCAUCUAAAGGAACCAGAGAAAUGCAUGAAACAGAAAGGAACAGUGUGGUUUUAUCAGAAAAAUGCAAUGAAUUCCUGCGACAAGGAAAGGAACAAGAGACCCCUCAUGCUGAGGAUGAUGUGCAAAUAAAUGCUGACAGAGGAAGUGCUCAGAAGAGGUCAGUUGCAGAUGGUGUUCAGAUAAAUGGGGGUACAUCAUCCAAGAGAAAACGAAUAGAAUGUCAAGACAUCGGGCUUCCCAGUUCUUAUGACAUGAAACCAUUGUCUCCGAACCACCAAGAUGUCAUUGGCAGCCAUGUGGUAACAGCAGAAAAUUUCUCGGGGGAAUCACAACCCUCAGGUCAUUACUUCUUAAGAAGUUCAAGAUCUGGCGAGUCCAUGCCUCUCAAGUCUGAGACAAAGAAUGAUACCAUGAGCUGCAAGAUGUCAGGUGCAAGUGAUGUUCAAAAAAAUAGGAAUUCUAUUCCUGAAUUAAGAAAUAGGUCCAUCCUAUUCAAGGUUGCCCUCUGUAAAUCUUCUAGUGCUAAGGCUUCAUCACCUCUUUUUGGUUGCGGUAUCAGCAGCAAGAUUGCAGUUGAAGAAAUGGAUCUCCAAAAUGAUCAAUCACAGUUACAGAAUAUUUUGGAUGUCGCGACAACUCCGUUGCCUACAAGUUGUAAUAUUGCACUUGAUAACAUGGAACUCUGCAUGCAAGAGGAAAAUCCUUACUUACAAGGUGAGGACUUAAGUAUUUCUAGUUAUGGAUCGGAACAACAUGGUAAACAGGCAUCUGCUCCAAUUGUAUUGGCUCAUGAGAAAUUAAGUUAUGGCUCUGGCAUAGAAGUUGAUAGGAAACUUAGAAGUGAAGAUCUAACAGGAUGUUUGCUAUCUGAUUCCUUUAUACCAAGACAAAAAGAUGAUGAAUUGGUGGACUGUAAUGAUACAAUGCCGCAGUUCGAGAGAUAUGAGAUGAACACUCUGUCUGGCAUGCAUCAGCUAUUGGCAACUAUGUCAGGGAAAGCUGCAUACUGGUCAUCCAGUGAUGAUGAAAAACAACACAAUGAAAGUAUUGAUGGAAGAAUAACAGAUAUUUUUGGUUCAUGUGGAUUGGGACAUAAUGGUUCCUUUUUUAGUUCUGAUGUUGUAGCCUCAUGUUCUUCAAAUGAUAGUGACAAACAUGAGCGUAGUGAAAAUCAAUUGACCCCUGCAGUUGAAAAGUAUAGUCUGGGGAAACUUUCAGGAAAAAAUGGAUCUGUUUCCGAGCAUAUGGGUUCAAUCCCUGAACUUUCUUGCUUCCGAAUUGAUGAAGACAGUGACAUUGCAGAAGAAAAUGAGUACCAAGACAUAAUACCUCGAUCUGUAGGUACCCAGACCCAGAGGCAAUCUGGCAGAAAAGUAUUUCAGGAUAUCACUGGAUUAUGUCAAAACACUGGGAAUUCUGCCAUUUGUUCCAUACGUAUCAUGGAUACGAGUGACACAGACUUCACCACAGAAACUUGCAGUGGUGAACUCAAUCAUCAUCCAGGUCUCAGGAAUGAUGGUGAUAACAAGAAGCCCAAAGAAAGUUAUGCUUCUUUAGUAAAGAAAGGAGGGAAAAUAUCUCAUUCUCUCCGUAACAGAUUAAGCAAGACAGAAGCAAGACACAUGAGUGAAACAAAUACUGGCAAACACUCUAAGCCUAGCAAUAUUGUUGCAAAUGUGGCAUCUUUUAUACCCCUUGUAAAACAAAAGGUGCAAAACACAGCAGCAUGUGGGAAAAAGGAUGUUAGAGUGAAAGCACUUGAGGCAGCUGAAGCUGCAAAACGUCUUGAAGAAAAGAAACAAAAUGAGCGUGAAAAGCGCAAAGCAGCCGCAAAACUAGAGCGUGAGAAGCUGAAGCAAGAGAAAGACUUAAAGCAAAAACAGGAAGAGGAACAAAAGAAAAAAAGAGAUGCUGAUGUAGCAACUAGAAAGAGGCAGAGGGAUGAGGAGGGAAGGAAGGAAAAAGAGAGAAAAAGGAAAUGCGUUGAAGAAGCUCGAAAACAACAGAAGCAGCCUAUGGAAAGAAGACACGCCAACAGUGAGAAAGAUUCUCACCCAAAAGCUUUUUCAUUGCAGGAUAACAAGGAGUUGCAGAAGAAUUUGGCUGAAUCAGUGAAAAACCAAGUGAAACCCAAUGAAAUGACAAGUCUCGGAGAAAAGGCCACUAAAAUUAAUAAUGAAAAGGUUGUGGCAGCUAAUGAGAGACCUGCAAGUUUUGGAUCUCAAUCUCAGGAAAAUAUCCCCCAGAAUCUUGAAGAGUCUUACAUGAUGACUCCAUAUAAAGAUUCUGAUGAUGAUGAUGAUGAUGAUUUUGAACUUAAAGAAGCGUCAAGACGAAGAAGGAAAUUGAUUCCGUCAUGGGCUUGGGGAGAGAACUUGGAAAAGAUCUUACUAUCCAAUUAUGCUUUGGACCAUAGAAAAAUCUUUUCACGAAAAUGCUCCUCUAACCUAUCUGAAAUUUGUCCAGUCCAUAUUCCACAACGUGGUUUCAGAUGAGCUUACAUUUUUUUUUUGAAAAAAAGGGGUUCCAGAUGAAUUUCCAUUUGACGAAAUAUUGAUUCUAUGCUGCUGUCUUUCUCCAGCAUCGCCACUUGGCUUCUGUCAGCAGCAUGUGUCUAAGUUGAUCACACCGUUCACUCGUUUAACUAUGUAGAAGAACUUUCUUGUAUUAUCAGGCAAUUGCGGCAACAAUCGUUGUUGUACAUAGUUUUGAUUUGUUCACAAAGACUUUGUUUCGGUUGCACUAUUCUUUGUGCAAGGAGAUAAUCUGUUCGUUGGUGAGUAGCAUUGUUGUAUGUACA